AUGGGUGUAUCAUUUUCAUCUAUUAUCUCCAGAUUUCGUAGUAAAGCACAUAAAACUGAACCACGUGAUAUUAUAAUCGGUCGACGUGAUUUAAAUUCUAUUUGGUAUCCAAAAAAUGUUAUUCGUAAUCAAAAAUAUAAUAUAAUAACCUAUAUUCCACUUGUUCUUUUUGAACAAUUUCGUAUAUUUUUUAAUCUUUAUUUUCUUCUUAUGGCAUGUACACAGUUUGUUCCUGCACUUCGUGUUGGUUAUUUAUAUACAUAUUGGGCUCCAUUAGGUUUUGUCGUAUGUGUAACUAUGUUACGUGAAGCAUAUGAUGAUAUUAAACGUGUAUAUCGUGAUAAAGAAAUCAAUUCUCAAAAAUAUACAUUAUUGAGUGAAAAUGGACGAAAACAAGAAAAAUUAAGUUCAGACUUGCAAGUAUCUGAUAUUAUUAUUAUACAAAAAAAUCAACGUAUACCUGCUGAUGUAGUACUUUUACACACAUCAGAUAAGUCAGGUAAGUGA